AUGGUCUCCGAAGGGGAAAACUUCACCCAGGUCACUGAGUUCCUCCUGAUGGGUCUGUCCAGCGACCUCAGGGAGCAGCAGGUGCUCUUUCUCCUCUUCCUGAGCAUGUACCUGGUCACGGUGCUGGGGAACCUGCUCAUCGUCCUGGCCAUCGUCACCGACGCCCGGCUCCACACCCCCAUGUACUUCUUCCUGGCCAACCUGGCCUUCGUGGACAUCUGCUUCACCACCACCACCAUCCCCAAGAUGCUGGUGAACCACGUCACGGGACACAAGGAAAUCCUUUAUGCCAGUUGCCUGACCCAGACAUUCUUCUUUGUCUGGUUUGCUGGAAUUGACUGUUACCUGUUGCUGGCUAUGGCCUACGACCGCUACGAGGCCAUCUGCCACCCCCUACAUUAUGCCACGUCUGUAACUCCACAGCUCUGCAGCCUCCUGGUGGGGGCAUCCUGGACCCCCUCCUUCGUGAAUGCCCUGACACAUGUUAUAUUCUUGAGCCGCCUCUCCUUCUGCACCCACAACCAGGUCCCCAAUUUCUUCUGCGAACUCAGCACUCUGCUGAAUCUCGCCUGCUCAGACACCUUUGCCAACAAUAUGACCAUGAACACCGUGAGUGCCUUCACUGCUAUCUUCCCCUUCAUGGGCAUCCUGGUCUCCUACAUACUCAUCUUUGUGGCCGUGCUGAGGAUCCCGUCACGGACAGGCAAGCAGAAGGCCUUCUCCACCUGCGGCUCCCACCUCUCCGUGGUCACCCUCUUCUAUGGGACAAUCAUCGGGGUGUAUUUCAGCCCCAUGUCCUCCCAUACUGUGCAGAAGGACACUGUGGCUGCCUUGAUGUACACGGUGGUGACCCCCAUGAUGAACCCUUUCAUCUACAGCCUCCGGAAUAAGGAUAUGAAGGGUGCUUUGAGGGCCCUGAUAAGUAGAAAACCUCAUUUUAUUCCAUGA